CAGUCUCCAUAAUCACACUGUCUCCCUCCACUAACGGUUGCUUUUCCCCCCACCCCCUCCAUUACUGCAAGAUUCCUUUCUCCCCUUCUAUUUCCCUGAACUGGGUUUUGAUUUUCUCCCAAAAAAGCUCCCACCUUGGGCGAUGGAAACCGUCGCCGGCGGUAAUUUUACCAAGUUGCAGCAACAGCAGCAGCAGAAGAAGCAAAAAUGGUUCCUUCUGCUAAUCGCCUCGCUUCUAAUCUCGACACUUCUGAUCCUCCUCACAGUGACUUUUUCCUCGGGAGGGAAUAAUUCGGCCUCGACUACCCAGCUGCUGUUCCGCUCCUACCGCCGACGGCAGCAGCAGGACCGGAGCUCCCCGCGAUUUGUGGAAUCGAAGUUGGCCAAGCCGGAGACUUCGGCGGGGAAACUGCCUCGCCUCGCUUAUCUGAUAUCUGGGUCGGCCGGGGACGGGGUGAAUCUGAAGAGGGCGCUGAAGGCUCUGUACCAUCCGAGGAAUCAGUACGUCGUGCAUUUGGACCUGGAGGCGCCGGUGGAGGAGAGGUUGGAGCUGAUCAGGUGGGUCAAGGAAGACGAGAAGGUUUUCCAGGAAGUGGGUAAUGUGAGGGCGGUGGUUAGGUCGAAUUUGGUUACCUAUCGAGGUCCGACCAUGGUCAGUAACACGCUUCAUGCUGCUGCUAUUCUGUUGAAGGAUGGUGGGGAGUGGGAUUGGUUCAUCAAUUUGAGUGCUUCUGAUUACCCUUUGGUCACUCAAGAUGAUUUGCUGCACACAUUGUCUUCCAUCCCAAGGGACCUCAACUUCAUUGAGCAUACUAGCGACAUUGGCUGGAAAGAAGAUCAGAGAGCUAGGCCGGUGAUAAUUGACCCGGGGCUAUACAGCCUGCAGAAAUCAGAUGUUUACUGGGUCACAGAGAAAAGGAGUGUCCCAACUGCCUAUAGACUCUUCACAGGUUCUGCUUGGAUGAUGCUUUCUCGUCCUUUCAUUGAGUAUUCCCUAUGGGGAUGGGACAAUCUCCCCAGGAUAGUGCUAAUGUACUACGCGAACUUCCUUUCGUCGCCUGAGGGCUACUUCCACACGGUGAUCUGCAACGCGGAGGAGUUCAAGAACACUACUGUGAAUCAUGAUCUCCAUUUCAUCUCUUGGGACAACCCUCCUAAGCAACACCCUCAUUUCCUCACCGCAGAAGAUUAUCAGAGGAUGGUCGACAGCAAUGCACCUUUUGCCAGGAAGUUUGGGAAGAACGAUCUGGUUCUUGACAGGAUCGAUUCGGAGUUACUGGGGGUAAGUGCUGAUGGGUUUGUCCAUGGUGGGUGGUUCAGUAAAACCGUCAAGGCUAACUCGACCGAGCUUAAGCCUGGCAAUGGAGCUCGAAGGGUCAAGAAUCUGAUUUCGGGGCUUCUGUCUGCUGAAGGUUUUCGUACUUCACACUGCAUCUGAUUAGGAUCUCUAUACUUAUAUAUAGGUUUUUGUAGGACAUUAGCUAUUAGGUGGAUUGUUCUUAGUUGAGUGCAUUAUGUGGUUUGUGGAACAAUCUAUUGAGUGUAAUGAUUUAAGGCAUAAUAAUAGAGAUAUAAUAACAAAGUUGUGAUAAGCUCCAAUUAGCUUAAUUGAUCUCGAUAUCUCAAACAUCGAUGAAAUACUAUUUCACUGGAUGCAAGAGCCAUAUUGAUAAAUUUCUUAGUAAAAUGCAUAAAUUUUU